AUGAAGAUUCUCAUCAGUGGCGCAGGCAUCACCGGCAAUGCCCUCGCCUUUUGGCUCUCUAAGCUAGGCCACACCGUCACUAUCGUCGAGCGAUUUCCGGAUCUUCGAGCCUCAGGUCUCCAAAUCGAUCUCCGCGGUUAUGGCGUCGAAGUCCUGAAACGCAUGGGUCUUGAGCAGGCCUUUCGUGAAAGAUCUAUCCCCGAGCAAGGCAUGGAAAUGGUGGACAAAACGGGAAGACGUCGAGCCUUCUUCCCAGCUAAUGAAUCUUCAAGUGUGAAAUUGGGGUUCAGUUCCGAUUGGGAGAUCAUGAGAGGGGAUUUGUGUCGGAUUAUCUACGAUAUCACCAAAACUCGAGCAAAUUAUAUCUUCGGGGUAUCAAUCGAUGCCUUCAAGGAGGAGGGAAACGCCGUCGAAGUCCGAUUCACAGAUGGAUCCGCAAGUCAAUUCGACCUUGUUGUUGGUGCUGAUGGUCAGGGCUCCCGCACUAGAAAGCUAAUGCUCGGACCUAACGCCCCAGACGCAUUUCAUCCCAUGAGCGGAAUGUAUGUCGGAUACUUCACUAUUCCUCGGCCGAUACAAGAUGGAGAAAAAUAUAUCGCAACAUCCUACUUGGCACCCGGAGGACGGGGCAUCAUGACUCGAAGACACAACGACCACGAGAUCCAGGCAUACGUCGGCGGCCGCACAAACUCCGAGCGACUUAAAGCGUCUUUGAGGGGCGAUAUCAAUGAACGAAAGGAGGCAUUGAGAGAGAUGCUCCGGGAUGCAGGGUGGCAGACAGAUGAGAUCUUGGAGUCUCUCACGGCUGCUGAUAACUUCUACUGCGAACGUAUGGGCCAGGUCAGGCUGGACCACUGGUCUCGUGGACAAAUUGUCCUUGUUGGGGAUGCUGCAUACUGCCCCUCGGCAAUGACAGGAAUGGGCACCACUUCUGGUAUUGUUGGUUCCUAUGUCUUGGCUGGUGAAAUCGGUAGACACUGUGAUGGUCCUGGUGCCGAUCUCGCAGAGGCCGGUACUACAGAUUCGCUUCUGGCUGCCCUAGAGGCAUAUGAAAAAGUUUUCCGUCCUUUCAUGCUCCAAGUCCAGGGAAGUGUGUCGCUUGAUGAAGGCCGUUGGGAUAAAUUCUCAUCUACGGCUUUUGGUAUUGCUGUCUUGAACACUCUAAUGGGGAUCGCUUCUUUGUUCAGGUUGGAUCUCCUUAGCAGGUUCACCUCCGACAUUGUCAAAGACUGGAACCUACCGACGUAUGAAGAGCUUGACCGGGAUCAGUAG